GUGAUAGUUGGAGGAGUGUAGUCAGUGUCAACCCGACCUCAACGAAGCAAACAGCUCCAAAGCCAAACAGUUGCCAAAAAUGUUGCACUUUUUCGCUCUUGCCUGUACUCUUGCUGUCGCCUCCUCCUACCCCUCCCUCGAUGACUCCGUCCCCGAGCCUUCCCACCACUCCUACUCCCACCACACCCCCGCCCACGGCUACGCCUCCGCCGCCGAGCUCACAAGCUUAGCCCAUUCCUCCGCCCAGCAAGCCAACAACGCCGCCCACAACCAGCACACCGCAGGCCACCACGCCGCUUUCAGCGUGAAGACCUCCCUAGCUCAAGCCGCCCAGAACGCCGCCGCCGCCGCCCAAGCCGCCGUCGUGGGCAAGCAGGUUCUGGUCCAGGACCUCCACCACCAGGUCCAAACAGCCCAGCAGCAGCUCCAGGCCGAAAUCGCCCAGGACCACUCCGCCCAACAGGCCGCCAACGCUGCGCAAGAAGCCAGUCAGCAGGCGCAGCAGCAGGUCAACACCCUGAGUGCUGCGUUGGCCGCUGCGCAGGCCACUGCUGCGCACGCUUCGCAAGCGGCAGCGGGCGCUGCGAGCGCCGCUGCGUCUCAACACGCCAUGGUGUCCGACGCUAAGCAGCAAAUUGCGCAAUUGACUGCGCAGCUGGAUGUGGCUGCCGCCGAUUUAGAAGAGACUGAAAGGGCGGCGGAGAAAGCCGCUGCCGCUGCGCAUGAAGCGCAAGCCAACGCCGCUGCCGCUGCUCACGCUGUGGCCUCGAGCGCCAAAGCGCACAGGGGAGGAUCGAAGUAUCAUUAAGGUGGAGGUGAUGGAUUGGGUUGAUGUUUUUUAUAUUAAUAGUUAUGUAAAGAUAUAAAGGUGUUAAUAAAAAUUAUUUGUAGAGA